AUGUCGACACAGAUCGCAUCACCAGCAGCGACACCAGUCGCAACAACAAUCGUGAAGAACGUCGACGACAAGACUAAUCAGAAAAAUUUCCAUGGAUUUAUUGCGGGCGUCACUUCUGGAGUCACAAAACUCGUCGUCGGACACCCCUUUGACACGGUCAAAGUCUCGGGAUCGGACCGUUUCAGGGGACCGUUGCACUGUCUCACGGAAACCCUGAAGAAGGAAGGUCCUCGCGCCCUCUACAAAGGUGCAACGCCUCCUCUGGUCGGAUGGGCGGUCAUGGAUAGUGUCAUGCUGGGAUCCUUGUCAUACUACAGACUGCUGUUGCAAGGAGGCGACCCCAAUGUCAUAUUGACACCAUUCUGGAGCGGCAUCGCCGGUAUUGGCGCGGGAGUAACAGUAUCGUUCGUAGCAGCACCUGUCGAACAAAUCAAAGCACGUCUCCAAAUUCAAUACGACGCAAAAUCAAAACUCUACAGCGGACCCAUUGAUUGCGCACGGCAACUUGUACGGAAUAACGGAGUGACAGGACUGUGGAAGGGACUGGUUGCGACGCUUUGGUUCCGGAGCUGGUUCUUUAUGUGGUGGGGCAGUUACGAGAUCUACGCGAAGCAGAUGCGAAAGAGGACAAACAUGUCAGAGGCAGCGAUCAACUUCUGGGCCGGAGGUCUGGGCGCCAACACCUUCUGGGUUUUUGCAUUCCCAUGUGAUGUGGUAAAGAACAAGAUCAUGACACAGCCCGAUGUCAAGAACCCGCCCUUUCCGACGAUCGUCAGUUGUUUCAAGCACGUCUACCGGACAGAUGGCUUCAAAGGUUUCUACCGAGAUAACUAA